UCAUCCAAAGAUAAAGAGACUGAAUGCAUUCUAGAAACAAAUUGUUCAUACCCUUUCCAUUUGGAGUUGGAGGAGAGAACUUUUUGCUUGGGAAAUUGACAUCUUGCAGGAACUUAGAGAGGAAGUUCAAAAAAGGAAGUUGGUUCAAGGACAAGAAGACAAAUGGAUAUUGGUGGGGUAUUAAUGUGGCGUCCAAAGAAAAGGGCUGGAACCACCUGAUCCAGCAUGCAGGACUUUUCAACAAUAAAUUUGCAAAGGAAGCUUGGAAGGUGAUUUGGUUUGCAGUUGUAUGGAAUAUGUGGCUAUGGAGAAAUCAGAAGAUCUUUAAGGCAAAAUUGGAACCUCAGUACAAGAUAAUCGAGGUGAUUAAAUUCCAAACCUUCCAAUGGAUUAAAGCAAAACAGUGGCCAGAAAUCUCUAAGGAGCUAUGGUAUAUAUGUCCUGCUCACGCUUGCGAAAUGGCAUCAAAAAGGAUGCCUUACUUGCCCAGCAAAGAUCACAUGGGGAUGAAAACAGUUUAUCACCCUACCCUUAUAAUCUACUCUUUUUGUACAGGUAGGAGUACCCCUUGUCCUCCAACUUAAUAAUACUAUCUUUUGCUGAUCAAAAAAAAAAAAAAGAGAGAAGAGAGGCAUCAUAAAAGAAGGGAUGUAGAGAAACCUUAGUGGAUUCAAUCAUAAAUAGGUUGGUUCUUGGGAAAGAAGGUAUGUUGUGAGAUAGGCUUACUUUCUGGAAGUUGCAAAUUUUAUUGUUUUUCCAAUUUCAUUCAAUUUUAUUAUCUCCCAUGUUUUGAGUUAUGCUUAGUUGUGGUGAAUUCAUGCAAAAUCUUGUAUGUACAUUUGGUUUUUGUGUUCCGAUGUGAAUAAAAGGCAUUCAUUUUAUGAUACAUCGCAAUUGAAGUGAUAAAGCAUUCCAUGUCAUACUUGUCGGUUCAUUUGCUGGAAGAAGAUUAACAGAAGGGGUUCCUGAAUAUAAAUGUUAGAAUCUUUUAAAGACAUUGUAUGGUUUGAGUAACAGGAUUUUGUCCAAUUUGAUGUACUUGAAAUGGCUCUUGACAUAAGAAAGCAGUUUGAUGCAGUGUCUUGCAAACUUCAGCACACUGACACAAUCCAACAAUGCCUUGUGAAGAUGAGGGAUGGCUAUUGAAAGAGAAAUCCAUGCAAAUUCAAAUGCUCUAACCCUGAUUUCAAGAAGAGGCAUCAUAGAAAAAGGGUGGCCUUCAGUAGAAUUGAUUAUGAGAAGGUUGAAUGCCUGCAGGAAAGGAGGAGGCAACAGAGCAAGACAUUCUAAGGGGAUUUUUCUACAAUCUAGAAGAGGAAAAGGUUAUAAUCUGUGGAGAUAUUGCCAAGCUUGUAGCAGAGUUGUGCUUGAAAUGCAAAUAACAAAAUCAAUACAAAUCAGUCUUGGAGACACCUCAAAUUGGAGUGGCGUACAGAACAACGCAUUCAAAUGGGAUUUUUCUGGAAACUGGAAGAGGAAAGGUUGUAAUCUGCGGAGAUAUUACCAAGCUUGUAACUAGAUUGUGCUUCAAAUGCAAAUAACAAAAGUCAAGCAUGCCUUUCUGCAAGAGUUUCUAAUUUGAAUUGCAAAUUUUUAUCAACUUGGCUGAGUCAAGCAAAAGAAGCCCAAGUAUCAGAGGGGUACCUUCUGUUAUGAGAAGCUUGAGCCUCCUUCAAAUGAAAAAAGUUUGAUUGCUGCAGCUUAGAAAGUUGCUAUCUCAGGCUUCCAACAUUUUGAGAUUUGAUCAGCGCAUCCUCUGUACCAAAUUUUCCUCUUGGAGAGAGCGACUCAAUUUUCUCUUACAUUUGCUUGUGACCUUAUGACCUCUGCUUUUAUGCUUUGAAAGAAACAAAGAUUAGUUGAUCUGCCAUUUCAUUUUUGUAUUCUGAGUUUGGCAGUUGCACAUUCACAAGUUUCUGCUUUGUUGAUCAAUGUGAGAUUUCUCACUUAACAAUAAGGGAGCACAACAUUGAGCAAGAAAGCUCAUUUGUGUCCUAUCAUAAACAUUUAUUUCACUAGGAACUUGAAGAUUUUGGCAUUUUAAAGCUGUAUUUAAUUGGCAUUUGAACUUGAUGAUAUAUAUUUGCUUUUGUUUCGGCAUUCUGAACGAAUCUAUCAAUACCUUUAGGCAAAGUUUUAAAAGAAGAAUCUAAGGUUAGUCUUUCUGGCAGGUGGAUAGGCAUACAUUGGACAGGAGGGUGUAAGACUUAUUGUAGCAGCAGCCUCUAAUCUCCAUGGGAAGAUGUAUCUGUUAUUGGAGACUCUUUUUUAUCCGCUGCAUUCAAGUUGCUUCUAGAAAAGUUAGAUUCCAGAGAAUUGCUGAUCUUUGAAAAGAAAUUAGUUGCUGAGCU